CAAUCACAUUAAAAAUGAAGUUUUUGGAGUCACUACUUUUAUACUUUAAGCUAAACCAGUUUUUUGAUAUUUAUAAACCUAAAAACCCCUUCAAAAUCCCACGUUAAAAAAGAACCAUGUCUUUUGAAGACCUAAAGGAGUAUGAGGAUACGGGUGAAGGAGGCAACCUCCUCCAGGAGGACACGCCCGAUGAGGAGAGUCCUGGCGAGGAAACCCCCUGUGAGGAGCUGCAGGAAAGGGAUCGCAGACUGAUGAACGGCGAGGGUGACAGCAGCGAAGUCACCGAAAGCGCUGAGAGCAGCGAAAAUUUCUUUUUCAAAUCCGUGGAACUAUCCCUCGAGAGAACUUUUCCCCUCGGGAAACCUUAUGACCUGCGGGUGGGCAACUUUGACGAAGUGCUGGAUCUACUCAAGAGCAGCGAAUCGAACAUGUCCGUUCGGAAAAUCCCGAAAAUCUCAGUUGAAACGAUGGCGCAAAACUUGGACCCAGAGAACAUCAUUAGCCUGGAACUGGAUGAACUCUGGCUUGAUUCCUUGGGCCCGGAGCGUUUGCUGAUCGCCGAGGAGCUGCUUGUAGCCUUUCAGAAGAACCUAAGGCCCACCUUGAUAGUGGUCGUCGAGGAGCAUCAUUUCCAUUGCCAUGCCAUGGUGCUGCAGGUGCUCUCGAGCUUCUUCCGCCGCCCCAAGUUCGCCAUGUCGCACGUCUUCCAGCUGCCCAGCUCGAUGGUCAGCGCGCGGGCCUUUGUGACCAUGUAUCGUUGGGCUCUGGAGCCAGCGCAUCGGCUGUCGCCCAGCCUGCUGAUGCAGAUUUUCAGGGCGGCGCGGUUCUUCGGCUGCCAGGAGCUCAUCGGCAACUGCUGGCGGGGCAUCGACGAGGGCUCUCGGGUGCCGGAUCGCGCACUCUGCCUGUACUGCUGCAGCAGGCUGAUGGGUCUGCAUCUGGAGGAGGGCCUGCUGUCGCGCUUGGGCAGCAUCUUCCUGCAGUUCAUCGCCUGCAAGGAGUUCCUGAUGUUGGCAGCGGGCACAGUGAGGAGGCUGCUGGGGCUCUCCUCGCUGGCGGUGAAUUCGGAAAUGGAGGUCUAUCUAGCCGCCAUGAUUUGGCUGGACUACAAGUGGCCCCAGCGCAAGCACUUCGCCUUGAACAUGAUGAACUCCAUACGCUUUAAUCAAAUGCCAUUCGCCUUCCUGAUGAGCCUGUUGAAACGAGGCGGAGAUGGCCCGCCCGUGAUGCGUAUGCUGGCCAAUACGCCGCUGGUGCGCAAGCGGGUACUCAAGGCCUUGAAAGAAAUAAAGCAGUCGAGGACCAGGUAUCAGGGACGUUGCGGCGAUGGCUCCCGCACCUGGAUCUACGACCGCCGGGCGCUCCAUCAUCAUGGGGCCAACUGCCGGCGGGCCCAGUUCGUCGACUUUGACUCCUUUGUGCGCUACGUGGCCUGGCUGCAGACCGCCGGCGCUAAGCACUGGCUCUCCCUGCGCGUCAUCGACGAUCCCGACGUCAGAUGCUGUCCUCUCUAUCAACGCCGCUAGUUAUUGUAUAAUCUUUACGCUAGCUAGUACAAAUUCUAGUGACUCGCAAUAAAAAGCGACUAAUUGUGAUGGUAA